AGCUACAUUGAAUCUCUCUGAAAGUAGUGGGUGUUUGCAUGCUUUAAAUAUCCCUAAUACCACUGUGUCCUUCCACUGGGGCAUCUCCCUGUUAUGAUUUCAUAAUUCGUCCAAACAAGCCGAGUUAGCCCUUGGCUAGUCACAGUGUGGCCAGCAAGUGAUGAGGUCCAUACUUUGUAGUGGACCAGAGGGGGUGUUCCAGUCAGUGACUAAUGCUGGCUGUGCACAUCACAAUCUCCUCCAGCUUUAACAUCACGAAGCUAAGUACUUGUGGAGGAGACAGGGGCACCCCUAAUCCUCUUUCUACUCGUUGCUGACAUUCAAACGCCUUUUCUCUCUGGACUUUUAUAAGGGAGCUGAGGCUCUGGAACAAGGCUAGUGGAUUGGGACAUUUGGCUAUCUGCAGGUGUACAAUAGGUGGAUCCUAACACUGACCUCUUAGAAAGAGGGAAAAGGAUUUUAGUCAUUUGCCAAGAACAUCAACCAAAAGGAUUUUGUCACUUUAGAGAUGGCAUCGUCUUCACCAUCUUCAUCAAAUACCAACCAAGACAACACCAACCCAACCAAUUUACCACCUACAACAUAUGACGCGUGGCGUGACGUGGCACAUGGAUGCACAAAAAAGCUUGGAUUAAAGAUUUGUGGCUUCCUGCAGAGGAACAACAGUUUGGAGGACAAGAGCAGAAUUGUGAGUUCUUUCAAAGAGAGACAGUCUUCCAAGAACGUUCUGGUCUGCGAGAAUAUCGAUAAAGACUCCAGGUUUCGUCGCGCUGAGACGGAUUUCUCCAAUCUGUAUGCCAGAGAUUUACUGCCUGCCAAGAAUGGAGAGGAAUCUACCAUGCAAUUCUUGUUCGAAGUGGUGGACAUACUACUGAACUAUGUGAAGAAAACAUUUGACAGAUCCACCAAAGUACUUGACUUUCACCAUCCGCACCAGCUUCUGGAAGGAAUCGAAGGUUUCAAUUUGGAGCUGUCUGACAAUCCUGAGUCCUUGGAGCAGAUUCUAGUGGACUGUAGGGAUACACUCAAGUAUGGCGUGCGGACAGGUCACCCUCGAUUCUUCAACCAGCUUUCAACUGGACUGGAUAUUAUUGGAUUGGCUGGGGAAUGGCUAACAUCAACAGCUAACACAAAUAUGUUUACGUAUGAGAUUGCACCAGUAUUUGUACUCAUGGAACAAAUAACCCUUCGGAAAAUGCGAGAAAUAAUUGGUUGGUCUGCAAAGGAAGGCGAUGGAAUAUUUUCUCCUGGGGGAGCAAUUUCCAACAUGUACAGUAUCAUGUGUGCGCGGUACAAAUACUUCCCCGAAGUGAAAACCAAAGGCAUGGCUGCUGUCCCCAAACUGAUCAUCUUUACCUCAGAACAUAGUCACUACUCCAUGAAGAAGGCCGGAGCAGCGUUAGGAUUUGGGACUGAAAAUGUUAUCCUGGUGAAAUGCAAUGAGAGAGGGAAACUAAUUCCUGCAGAUUUGGAAGCAAAAAUCCUUGAAGCUAAACAAAAGGGGCAUGUUCCAUUGUAUGUGAAUGCUACAGCUGGAACAACGGUUUAUGGAGCAUUUGACCCAAUACAAGAAAUAGCAGAUAUAUGUGAAAAGUACAACAUCUGGCUUCACGUGGAUGCGGCAUGGGGAGGUGGAUUGUUAAUGUCCCGAAAACAUCGCCACAAGCUGAAUGGAAUCCAGAGAGCUGACUCUGUAACCUGGAAUCCUCACAAGAUGAUGGGAGUUUUGCUGCAAUGUUCUGCGAUCCUCUUAAGGGAAAAGGGUAUACUCCAAGGGUGUAACCAGAUGUGUGCAGGGUACUUGUUUCAACCAGACAAGCAGUACGACAUAUCAUAUGACACGGGAGAUAAGGCAAUACAAUGCGGACGGCAUGUGGACAUUUUCAAAUUCUGGCUCAUGUGGAAAGCUAAGGGCACAGAAGGAUUUGAAAUUCAGAUCAACAAAUGUUUGGAGCUUUCCGAGUAUCUGUACUCCAAGAUCUGCAACCGAGAGGAAUUCGAAAUGGUCUUCAAAGGAGAGCCCGAGCACACAAACGUUUGUUUCUGGUACAUUCCCCCAAGUCUGCGAGGGAUGCCAAACUCUGAUGAGAGACAGCAAAAGCUCCAUAGGGUUGCACCAAAAAUCAAGGCUUUGAUGAUGGAAUCAGGGACAACAAUGGUGGGAUACCAGCCCCAGGGAGAUAAAGCUAACUUCUUCCGAAUGAUCAUCUCAAACCCUGCAGCCACCAAGUCUGACAUCGACUUCCUGAUUGAAGAAAUCGAGAGAUUGGGACUGGAGUUGUAAUAGUCGUGGCAUGUUCUGUUAACCUCAUCCUCACCCCCACCAUGCUGAUAUGACAUUUCCAGCACUUUAGGGGUUAACUGGCUUAAAACAAGGUUUUAGAACAAUAGACAUUCCCUCAAUAAGUUAUAAAUGUGCAAUUCUCUUCUGGCACCUCAACCAGCAUAGGUUGCUGAAACAUACACUAAAUAUUAUAACAGAGAUAAGCAAUAUUAUCUAAUAGGUGUACAGUAGAACCUUAUUUUAGUGUGUUUGUUAAGGUAAUCAGAAGCCUACAUGGGACUUGAAUGUUGUAAUAUAUAGUACUCUUUAAGUGUGAGGUGGCAUUUACUUAAAGCAGGAAUUGUGGUGACCAAACAAGGGAUGUUUUAGGUCAAAAUCACUAAACUCAAAAGCUACUAUUUUGACCUAAAUGUGUAGUUCCCUUGUGACCUCUCCAGGACACCAAAUUUACAGGUUAUUUACUUACGUGACAAAACUUUGAAAUUCAACUGAAUUUUCACAUUGGUAAAUAAUCCUGUUAGGAACAGGGUCAGCUCUGGGCAUUGUUUGAGUCAGCAACUGCUUCAUACAGGGUUAUCCAAUAAACUGUUAGCUGGCAGAAACAUGACAAGUGAAUCUCCAAUUUUAGGACAAAAAAAAAGCUGAACUCUACAGUUCAUCUAUUUUAGCUUGAAAUUUGUAAUUUACUGGUCAAUGCCUUACAAGGCACAGUAUUCUGAGGAAACAUGAAGUAUUUGAGCGAACAAGGGACCUGGCCAGUGGCAUUUCUUUUCCCUACAAUUAAAUGAUUCUUUCAUGGCCCUGUACUCUAUAACUAUACGUACAAACUUAGAAAUACGCCACCCAAAAAUCUCGUGAAAAACAUGUAGGCUUCUGAAAUAUUAAAUGUGCUCUAAUGUGUUAAUACAAAUUGCUUCUAUAUAUGCAAGCUAGAGUAUUGAAUCAAUUUCUAUUUUUUACCACGCGUUCUAAUGUUCCACAGUACUAAAAACACCAAUAUUUUGCAAACUUAUUCCAAAUCUCCUGAAUUGAUGACAAUUCAGUGUGUUAACUAGCAAGCUUUGGAAAAUAAGCACAUGAUGUCAUCAAGCUGUACUGCACCAUUGUUAUCUCUGUACAAAGAGAUUAAGUGAAUACAGCUGCAGAUCAUCAUGCCUGUGAGGUUUAAACAUGUUCAGACCUCUUUCGAUACUGCAGUAUCAUUCAAUACUCUGUGUAUUGCAGUCUCCAAAUCUUUCGUUCUGAAUAACAGUGGCUUUAAAAAAACCUACAUGAAUGUCUCUUUAAAGGGACAAUCCCACAUGAUAAAAAAUUUAUAUAAGAACUAGGGUUUCUUUGCUAAUGCGUAACAAAAGUCAGAACUAAGAAUGUAUAGAAAAGAGGAUAAUGUUUAAAUAUAAUCGCAAUAACUAUUGAACUGUGAAGUAUCGAAAGUGAGUUUACAAACCAGAAAAGAAUUGCUUACAGCCCUUUGCAUAUAUAUAUAUAUAUAUAUAUAUAUAUUAACCUAUUAGAGUCCAUUUAAAUAAAUCCUGCCUAACAGUAUUAAACCUUAUUGUUGGUGCUUUAAUACCUUUAGACAGCACCAUCCAGUAAGUAGAUUGCUCGUCCCCUUCGUAGUGUCUUGGGGGUAAUAAUAGCACAGUUGUCGUAACAGGUACUAUAUUGCUGUAUUUUUAGGGAUUAAUUUAUGUAGAUUGUGUACAUUAUUGUUAAAUGACUUUGUGCAAUGGGAAUAAAUGUAAUAGUUUUACAGUUAUUUAACAGCUAAAUGAUAGUUAUAAAAAAAAAUAAUAAUUGCUUAUUUAUAUGCAGAGAUUUCCCAUGUUAAAGAGGUGUCUUGUA